AUGCCGGAGGGAACUUCCUCCCCCUCACCUAACAUGGAUGGUUCUCUUCCCUCCUAUGAUUUCCCGCCGCUUGUUACAUCUCCUGGAGGUCAGGUUCGUGUGAUUUCCAAGAGCUGGAAUAAAGUUUUUGAGCCAUCAAAUACUUCUGCAAAUCUAUUAAAGUUUUCUCACUUUCCCUCGGAACUGGAUAUCAUCCCUUUCUCUGGGGAGAAGUUAUCCAACAGAGGGGAGGACUUGAAGCUAUGUCUGGUUGGAUAUUCGAUAGGGAGGCGCCCCUACUAUGAAGCGUUGCUAACUGCUGUUAAAAAAACUUGGAACUUGGAAGGUUCUGUUCAACUCUUACAUCUAAACGACGGAUUUUUUCUAUUCCGAUUCUCUUGUGCCAAAGAUUUCGACUUGGUAUGGACGAGAGGUGUCUGGUUCAUUUUGGGGAAGCCCUUCGUUCUCCAAAAACGACAUCCGAAAUUCAUUCCCAAAAGGGAAGACUUUGCGACCGUGCCAAUUUGGGUGAAGAUUCAUGAUCUUCCUCUUGCUUGCUGGAACUCAGAGGGGAUAUCGAGGAUUGCUAGUAAAAUCGGAGUACCGGUUGCUGCUGAUAGCUUGACGGAGCAGAAAACUAGACUUACCUUCGCCAGGAUAUGUGUUCUGGUCGACUGCAAGGCUACAUAUCCGGAGGUGGUUCAGGUAUCUUUAGAUGGGGAAGUGGUUAGUUUGAGAGUGCAAUAUGAAUGGCGCCCUUUUCCCUGUCAGCACUGUAAGUCUUUAAUGCAUUAUUCUUCUUCUUGCUCGAAAAAUCCAGAGAAUGAACCCAAUGAUCUAGGAAAAGAUAUUAGUAAGGAAAUGCAUAAUAACAGGGGAAGGAGCACUAGCAGGAGGCCUCGUUUCCGGCCUAACGCCAUUCCAGAUAAUGUGGCUAAGAUUCCGGUCUCUAAAAUCAGUAAUCAUGAGCCUAUAAAUCCUCAAAACACUCAUAAUUCUCAAGACUCACCUUCCUUGGUCAUAGGACAUCCUCUACAAUAUCAGCCACAUUCUCCUCCUCCUAGUAUUUUGAAAUCUAGAACUGAAGAUAUUGUUUCAGAGCCGCCUAAUAUGGACAUCCCUCUUAUUGGGGAUCCUUUUAGUUUGGACAUUCCUAAUCUAAACUCCCCUAAUGAUGAUGCGUCCUCCUCAUCAACUAACCUUCAAUCUCAAUCCACAUAUGUCGGGAAGGUUUUUGUCUCUCCCAAUAAGUUUGACCUUUUAAACGAUGUGGGGGAUGUCAGAGACCCUGCUUCUAUUUCGACUGAAAAUUUAGAGAGUGAUGCUCUAUCUGUUGAAGAUGUUGGGAAGGAGAAAAUUACGAAAUUCUGCAACAAUUUUACUUUCUCUGUAUCCGGGAGAAUCUGGAUGAAGUGGAAUUCUUCUAAACUCUCUUUCACUCCUGCUGUCACUACUUCUCAAAUGAUCUCUGGCAUGAUCUCUGUGUUUAAUCAAUCUCUUUUUCAGCUCUCUGUUGUUCAUGCGUCUAAUAGCACGACAGAACGUAAAACUCUGUGGAAUGAUCUUACUCUUGCUACACCUGUGUGCAAUGUUCCUUGGGCUAUUAUCAGAGAUUUCAAUUGUUGCAGAUUUGCAACCGAAAAGCUUGGUGGAUCUCCUCUUUCUCAUUCUUCCCUCAAAGAUUUUAACGAUUGUAUUUUUCUCAAUGGGCUGGUGGAUCUUCACUCUGUUGGCUGCAAUUUCACUUGGUUUAAUCAACGUGUUGACAAUCUCAUCCACAUCAAACUGGAUAGAGUGCUUGUUAAUAAUAGUUGGCUGAAGAAAUACUCAGAAUCUUUCUGCUCCAUACAAAAUCCAUCCUGUUCUGAUCACUGCCCUGUUAUUUUGCAUUCUUGGAGCUCUAACAAGGCUUUCCACCGCUAUCUCUUCAAAUACUAUUAG